CCCCGCGCUCUCCCGUUGGCCACGCCCCCUCCUCGCGCUGCCGAGUCACGUGGUUCCUCUCAUGGCCGCCUCUCCGCCCUCUGGCGGCUCCGCUCGGUUCCGGCCCGGAUUCCACGUUCUGGAGAUGCCUUCAGGGAAGGAACCUUCAUCCCGACGUCGCCAUCGAGAUCCUUCUCCUUCCCGGUGGGAUUGGGAUUGUCCGUCUACGCGGCGCCGCCUGGAAACUCUAUUUUUUGGUGACCGAGAUUCCACCAGCGCCGAAACCGAUGAACUCCAGAACUUUUGGGCUUUCUUCGAGCGCUUCCGACGCUUCCAGAGCCGGAAAACCAAGGAGGAACCAUCUCAGAACCGCUCCCGUUCCUCCAUCUCCACCAACUGUCUUGACCUCCCGUUGGAAUACGACCCUCGCUACCGGAUCAACCUCGCCGACGCCGGCUUCCGAGGCCGUGGAGAUGCCACCAUCCCACGGGAACGUCUUUUGGAGUUCCGAAGCGCUUUCCUUCAUUAUUUGGACUUCACCCAAAAGCGAAGCUUCGCCAAAUUGGCCAAACUUCAACGGGAACGGUCAGCGCUUCCCAUCGCCCAAUAUCGGGAUCGGAUCCUUCGUUGCGUGGCACAAAACCAAGUGGUGGUGAUCGCCGGCGAUACCGGCUGCGGGAAGUCCACUCAGGUGCCGCAGUUCCUGCUGGCGGCGGGUUACGGUCACGUGGCUUGUAGCCAACCCCGGCGUAUCGCCUGCGUCUCCUUGGCCAAGCGCGUCGCCUUCGAGAGCCUCAACCAGUACGGAAACCAGGUCGGCUAUCAAAUCCGCUUCGAGAGCACCCGCUCUCCGGCCACCAAGAUCGUAUUCCUUACGGAAGGGCUUCUCCUCCGUCAAGUCCAACGGGAGCCAACGCUCCCCGGUUACCGCGUCCUUAUCGCCGAUGAGGUCCACGAGCGCCAUCUCCACAGCGAUUUCCUCCUGGGGGUCCUGCGCCGCCUCCUUCCCGCUCGUCCGGACCUGAAGUUGGUGUUGAUGUCGGCGACCAUCAACAUCAGCCUCUUUUCCAGUUACUUUGGAGGUGCUCCGGUUCUCCAAGUGCCCGGAAGGAUCUUUCCCAUCACGGUCAUCUACCAACCGAUCCCUAAAGAAGAAGCAUCCGUGAGUGGGAAAUCCGGGAAACCGGAGCGCCUGGAUCCCCUCCCGUAUCUCCGGGUGCUCCAAACCAUUGACCACAAGUAUCCACCGGAGGAACGGGGGGAUCUCCUGGUGUUCCUCAGCGGAGUGGCUGAGAUCGGAGCCGUCCUGGAGGCGGCGCAGGUUUACGCCACUCAGACGCAGCGCUGGAUCGUCCUUCCGUUGCACAGUACCCUCUCCGUGGCCGAGCAGGAUAAGGUGUUUGACGUACCGCCUCCCGGCGUCCGGAAGUGCAUCCUCUCUACCAACAUCGCGGAGACCUCAGUGACCAUCGAUGGCGUCCGCUUCGUCCUGGAUUCAGGAAAGGUGAAGGAGAUGAGUUACGACCCUCAAGGGAAGCUCCAACGGCUUCAGGAGUUCUGGAUCAGCCGAGCGAGCGCCGAGCAACGCAAAGGUCGCGCCGGUCGGACCGGACCCGGCGUCUGCUACCGCCUCUACGCCGAAUCCGACUACGAUGCCUUUUCCCCUUACCCCGUGCCGGAGAUCCACCGGAUGGCCCUCGAUUCCCUGGUGCUCCAGCUGAAGAGUAUGGGAUUGGGAGACCCUCGGACGUUCCCGUUCCUGGAGCCGCCUCCCUCGUCCAGCUUGGAGACGGCCGUGCGGUACCUGAGGGCCCAAGGAGCCUUGGAUGACGCCGAGGAGCUGACGCCCAUCGGGAACCUUCUGGCUCAGCUGCCGGUGGACGUGGUGAUUGGGAAGAUGUUGGUGUUGGGCGCUCUCUUUGGGUUGGCUGAGCCCACCUUGACCGUAGCGGCGGCCUUGAGUGUCCAAUCUCCGUUCCUACGAUCUUCUCAUCCCAAUCCCGACUGGGCUACGACGCGGCGACCGCUGGACAGCCCCCACGGAGACCCUCUAACGUUGCUCAACGUCUUCAACGAGUGGGUCCAGGUGAAAUCGGAGCGGAGCGGCAACUCUCGGAGGUGGUGCCGGCGCCGAGGUUUGGAGGAACAUCGUCUUUACGAGGCAACCAACCUGCGGCGCCAAUUCCAGGAGCUCCUCCGGGACCACCACCUCUUGGAGGAAGCUUCGAACCAACCUCGCGACAGCUACAGUCGGCAAAGCCGACACCGUGAACGCCGCGAGCUCCACCGCUUGUGGCGUUCCCACACGGAGACGGAAGGACGGAAGCGCAAAGUGCUACGGCUGAAGGACGGAGGGGACGAUUCCUCCGGCGAGGACGACGAUGGUGGUGGUGACCUCAAGAAGGGCGAGCGUAGGAUUGAUAUCCAGGACGUCAAGUUCAAGCUCCGGCACAACGUGGAGGAGCUCCAGGCCGCGUCCAGCUCUUCGCUCUCCUCCUCGCACCUCGUGCUCCUCAAGUUGGUCCUCUGCAGAGGUCUUUACCCGCAGUUGGCCGUGGCCGAUGCGCUCAACAGCAGCCGCAAGGAUUCCGAUCAGAUCUUCCACACCAAAACCAAACAAGGAGUUGUCCUUCAUCCCACCUCCGUCUUCGCAACCAACCCGGAGCUUCUGCGCUCCGACGAAGGACCGGAACGUGCUCCAUCCAAAGAUUCGGUGGAAGGGCUGAGCUGUCACCACCAGCUCCUGGCGUUCGUCUCCCUCUUGGAGACCAACAAACCCUACUUGGUCAACUGCCUCCGCGUUCCGGCCCUCCAGGCUCUCCUCCUUUUCUCCCGCUCGUUGGACACCAACGUGGACUGUUCCCGCCUGGUGGCCGAUGGUUGGUUGGAACUCACCAUUCCUGAUCCGGAUUCUGCUCUGCGUCUCCUCUCUGAGGCUCUGCACCUUCGCUCCGUUUGGGAGAAGCUCCUCCAGCAGCUCCUGGAAGGUCGAGGAGAUGAAUCCGGACGCCGACCGACCUCCAGAGAUGUCUCCGCGCUCACCCGAAGGCUCCUGGAAUUCCUCCGUUCUGAGAUCCCGUACCGCCUCCGGCAGCUCUCCGCGUUGGAAAAGCAGAACCUCUACGUUGGCCCUCAAACCGUGGCGGCUGUUCCUCAACUUCCGGAGCUUUUCCGAGGGCUGCAGAUGACGUCGGAUGAGGUGAAAGGUGGCCACAAAGUGACCGAGUUCCUCACCUACAACUGUUUGGCUAUGGAUGUGGACCUCUACAGCGAUUGUCUACGGAGCUUCUGGACGUGUCCCUACUGUGACCUCCACCUUCCCUUCACCCCUCUGGAGCGCAUCUGCCACGAGAACGUCUGUCGCCCUCCGGAAGAACCUCCGGAAGAAGUGGCCGAAAGCUCUUCACGGAGCUCCGCGCUCCGGCGGCCCUUCCACUGCGCCAUUUGCCAACGGGACUUCACCUUCACCCCUACGGAGAUCCUUCGGCACAAGAAGGAGCACCGCUGAGCGAUGGCGGCUCCACCACAAGUCCGCCUUCCUCCUUCCUGGGAAGAACCAGAGGAGCUCCGGAACCUCUGGAAAGACUCUUCUGCCGCUCUUUGGGUGAAUCCGACUCCACCUCAACCACCGCUUGAGGGAUCUUCUGCUCUGACCACUGAGUGGCGCUCCAACACCAGAGACAUCUCCACCUCUUUAUCCCAAUGGGAAGAGCGUCUUUCCAGCUCCCACCUUUUGGUCUUCCCACUCCGGAUGAGGUUUAUCCCGAAUGGAUUUCUACUCAGAAGCAGACGAUUCCGGACUUGUGGUGCCACAAGAUUUGAAGAACCGAAGGAAGGAGAUGAGUUUUGGAGGAGAUGAGAACUUUUUUUGGGAUCUGAGAUACCACAAAGAGCCGUCGAGAAGGACGAAUGGUUCUGAUGACUCCGUGCUUGUCCGGCACCGACGUGGGAUGGGAGAUGCUCCUCUCUUGGCUUUGACUUCACGCGUUCCACCUCUUGGAGCGCCCAAUUCUUCACCUUCUCCGUUGGGUUGAGGUGGAUUCGAACCCUCUUGAUGCGUCUGGAAGUUGAUUGUCCCCUUCCAGACUGUCUCCAAAGGCCUAAAAUGGGUCGAUUGGGUCACUCGAUGCCAACGGUUGAUUGGGUCACUCAAUCCCACCCGCUUGGACCUCUUCUUGGGGUUUAUUUCACCCCCACCUCAAUGUUCUUGAAGGACCCAAUGGGUCAUGGAGAGCGAAACCCAACUCUGGUGGUUGUCUUCUUCUCCUUCUUGGAAGGCCACAUCAUCCCUGUUGGUUUCAACGCAACGACGAAACCUCUUUGGCUUUGAAACCCACUUUGGAAUUAAAUGCGGCUGUAAAGAAAUGGAAUUAAUUGACUUCAUUAACGAAUCGUGGAAUGAGUCGCGGUGGGAGGGACCUCCGAGUCCGUCCAGUUCCAACCUUCCACCUCCCACUGGAUCAGUUGGUGGGUCCAAACCCCAGCCGGGACGUGGUUGGAGUUGGAAUAGACCUUUAAGCCCAUCCAGUUUCCAGGGGGGUCUUCAAGAAGGAGAAGGAGAAGGAGAAG